AUGGAAGAAGAAGAGCAGAACCUGUCGGAUAAUGAGUCCUCAAAAAAGAUGGAAAUCCUACGGUUGGAACAGUCUAAGAAAACCCUUAACAGUUUGAACAUGGACCUUGAAAAGGAUCUGCAGAAAAUAGAUGAGGCAAACCAGUCUCUUCUAUUAAAAAUUCAAAUGGAAGAAGAUGUAAACAACAGAUUAGAAGAUGAGCUUGCCCGGUUAGCAAAAUUAGUACAAGAACAGGAGAAGAAGGAGCAGGAAUAUACCUUAACUGACAAGGAGCAGGAUUUGAAAAACCUCAAACUGGAGACAUCAAAACUAGAAAAGAUCAAUGAGGCUCUGACCCAGGGUAUAGUAGAGCUUCAGAGUCAGCUUUCAGGGAAAACGCAUGCGCCCAAAGCACUUCUGCCUGCGGAAGAAAACUUAUCGGAAUCCCCAGAAGUGGCAAAGAUGAAAAUGCAUCAGGCUGAAAUGUCUUUGGCAGAGCAGGAGAAGGAACUGGCCAAGGAAAUGGUCUCUGUUGAAAAAAAGAGAAGCCUCUUCUGGUACAAGACUCUUGGAUAUCUCUUCUUUACAAUCCUAUUAUUCACCAGGCUACAAGGCUACCUACUUUUCCAUAUUAACCAUGUAAAUCCAGAUCUAAUAUUGGACACCCUGCCUAAGAUGAUGGGCCGGAGCACCUUAUAUAGGCUGAGGCACUUCCUACUGCCAUUUUUUACACUGGAGGCAGAAGAGGUCUUGCCUCACUAA